CCGGGUCUGACGUUGGAGCUGGUCAGUUCCGUGUUUACACACCCCAGGGAGGAAGACAGGAAAGAGAGGGCAGAGAGCCGGGAAGCAGCGCAGGGAGGGCGCACAGCCACAGCAGCACAGAGGACGGACUGCUGCAGCACCAGUCAUCCUGCAGAACAAAACAAGUGCCUGGGACAUGCAGCAGUGACCCCGGCAGCAGCCCGCACCAGAGCCCGCGUCUGAUCCCCCGCUGCUGACGGCAUGUUCUCCCGCAAAAGUCAUGGAGACCUCAAGAAAUCUACACAGAAAGUUCUGGACCCAAAGAAGGACGUCCCCACCCGGCUGAAGCACCUGCGAGCGGUGCUGGACAUUCAGGAGUGGAGUGAAUUAAAGCAAUUCUUUGAAGCGCACUAUUCUCAGAUUUAUUUUAUCUUCUAUGAAAAUUUCAUUACACUGGAAAGUAGCUUAAAGCUAAAAGGGAAUAAAUCUCAAAGGGAGGAGCUGGACUCCAUCCUAUUUCUUUUUGAAAAAAUUCUACAACUACUACCUGAAAGGAUUUUCUACCGCUGGCAGUACCAUAGUAUAGGUUCAGUUUUAAAGAAGCUUUUACACACUGGAAAUUCUAUAAAGAUACGAUGUGAAGGAAUGCGGCUGUUUCUUCUCUGGCUUCAAGCACUGCAGACAAAUUGCGGAGAGGAGCAGGCACUAAUAUUUGCAUGUCUUGUUCCUGGCUUUCCUGCCGUCAUGUCAUCUCGAGGUCCUUGCACACUGGAUACCCUCAUAAGUCCUACUUAUAAUUUACCUGAUGGUAAAGUCUAUCCUGAGGAAAUCACCCCUCUUGUACCAGUGGUGUCUGGUGAAAAAUCCCCCGAUGAUCCAAGCUGCUUUUUCUUACAAAUGCUGUUGAAGUACAUGGUAAUACAGGCUGCAAGCUUGUCUUGGAGAAAUAAGGAGAACCAGGACACGGGCUUCAAGUUUCUAUUUAACUUAUUUAGGAAGUAUUAUCUGAGUCACUUAUUUCCGUCAUUUAAUAAAUUGUCGAACCUUUACAAGCCUGUACUUGAUGUUCCGGAUGUCAGACCAAAGCCAAUGUAUGUCACUAUAACCCGGAACAAUGAAAGCCUUUAUAGCACGAAAAUCCCUUACAUGGCAGCUAGAGUCGUGUUUAUCAAGUGGCUUGUCACAUUCUUUCUGGAAAAGAAAUAUGUAGCAUCUUGUCAAAGCGCUAAGAACGGAGGGGAGGUUCUACCCAGACUGAUCCAGACUGUGUCUGCGAUGAAUGUGAACCAAGAAAAGAACGUAGAAGCGGAGUCCACUGGAGCCCAAGAGCAGGAGAAGAACCACUCGAACAGCAGCACGUUGUCCGACCGGAGACUCAGCAACUCCAGCUUGUGCAGUAUAGAGGAGGAUCACAAGAACGUGUACGACAUGGUGCAGAGGAUUCUCCUGUCCACACGAGGAUAUGUCAACUUCAUCAAUGAGGUCUUCCGGCAGGCAUUCUUACUACCGGCGUGUGAUGUCUCUGCCACAAGGAAGGUUGUGAAAGUUUACAGGAAAUGGAUUUUGCAAGACAAGCCUGUUUUCAUGGAGGAACCUUCAAAGACCUCAAUCAACCAUGAGAGUUUGCCAGUUUUUGAGUCAUCUGUAACAGAGACGGAUAGCAAGCAGGUCCCGGCAGAGCAGAGUGGACACAAGCGCUCGUCUAGCUGGGGGAGGACGUACUCGUUCACCAGUGCGGUCAGCCGAGGCUGCGUGUGUGAGGAUGAGAACAUGGAUGUCAAAGCGGGGGAUCAGGCUACUUUACAGGUUUUCCUGACCAACUCGGCCAAUGUGUUCCUGUUGGAGCCAUGUCCAGAAGUCCCUAUGCUGUUGGAGGAGCAAGUGGAGGCCUGCAAAUCUGUGUUAAGCAUUUAUCGGCGAAUGAUCAUGGAUCUCAUGAUGGAUAAACGGACAUGGGAGCAGAUGCUACAGAUACUACUACGGAUAACAGAAGCAGUUGUUCAGAAACCAAAGGAUCCCUCAAAAAAAGACGUGUUCUCUCAGGAUCUUGCGGGGGUGUUAUUCCGGACACUAAUUGUAGCUUGGAUCCGAGCCAAUCUGAGUGUUUUUAUCUCUCGGGAGCUGUGGGACGAGCUGCUGAGCGUUCUGUCCUCGCUCACCGACUGGGAAGAGCUCAUCAGCGAGUGGUCCAAGAUCAUGGACUCGCUUACUGCGGUGCUAGCGCGGACUGUGUAUGGACUGGACAUGAACAGUUUACCCUUGGACAAGCUGAGUGAGCAGAAGGAGAAGAAACAAAGGGGGAAGGGUUGCUAUGCUGAUCCUCAGAAGGGGGCAGCAGUGGGCAGAUCAUUCUCUUUGAGUUGGAGAAAUCAUCCAGAUGCUCACGAACCAAUGAGAUUCCGCAGUGCUACUACCUCUGGGGCUCCCGGUGUGGAGAAGGCCAGGAACAUGGUGCGGCAAAAAGCCACAGAAGUGGAUGAGUUGCAGCAGCCAUUGGAAGUCAGCUGUGAAUCGGGAGGAGUCGGCUGUCAGGAGCCCCAGGAGCUAACGCGCUGUAGCAGUACUUCUGAUAUAACCGAGCAGUCAUGUCCUGACUCAUUGCAAGAGCAGAAAAAUGAAAACACUAAUGAAUGUUCCCAGGACUCGAUCUCUGCUCCAGAAGAAACCACUGAUGGCGGGGUGAAGGAUGCUGACGGGCCAGUGAUUAUGAUCCGGAGGAGUAGCAGUCCAGCGGAAUUGGAGUGGCAUUCCGAUACUCAGCAUUCAAAUGGAAGAAUUUCUGAUCAUGACAGAGUUGAAAGUGUCAGCAGUGAUGUGACAAAUGGAUACGGUCAGGAAGCAGAAUAUCUGAUGCCAUGGCAGAACUGUGAGGACGAGCCUGAAGUCACUACACCUAUGGAUGUGGCCAUCGACCACGAUGCACGGCAGUGGCUGCAGCUCACUCCCCCUGAUCCUGCAGCUCCUCUGACAGAUAGCAGCGAGUGUCUUGCUGGGGACUGCAGCAUCAUAGCUGGCGGCAAUUUAUCUGGCUGGCAUCCUGACUCUGCAGCUGUUUUGUGGAGAAGAAUCUUAGGAAUACUCGGAGAUGUGAACAAUAUCCAGUCCACAAAAAUCCAUGCCAAGGUGUUUGUUUACCUCUACGAGCUGUGGUACAAGCUGGCUAAGAUUAGAGACAACUUAUCAAUCAGUCUGGACAAUCAGUCUUCCCCUUCGCCCCCCAUUUUGAUCCCACCGCUUCGAAUGUUUGCCUCUUGGUUGUUUAAGGCAACUACUCUGCCCAGCGAGUAUAAGGAAGGCAAACUGCAGGCGUACAAGCUGAUAUGUGGCAUGAUGACAAGACGCCAAGAUGUCCUACCAAACUCUGAUGUUUUGGUUCAUUUUUAUCUUGUCCUGCACAAUGGCCUCAAUCAUGAAGAUCAAGACAUUGUGAAUACAAUCAUAAAGCACUGCUCCUCCAGCUUCUUCUUCCUCGGCUUGCCUGGAUACACAAUGCUGAUAGGAGACUUCAUUGCAGCUGCGGCCAGGGUUCUGAGUACAGACAUGUUCGAGGCACCACGUCUGGAAGCACAGAUCAUUUUGGGAUCCCUUGUUUGCUACCCAAACAUUUAUAAAGACCUCCCCUUGCUCGAGUCGUCCAGUGGACUGAAUGAUGUCAUCAUAGACAACAAGGACAUCAAGAGCAUUUUGAUUGACAUUUUGCUCAAGAACGCCAGGGAGGAGCAAAAUGAAUCGGCAAGGUGCAUUGCAAUCUGCUGUCUUGGGAUAUGGAUCUGUGAAGAGCUGGUAGAGAAUACCAAUCAUCCUCAGCUUAUCGAUGCGGUUAAUGUUAUUGGAGUAACACUAAAGUUUCCCAAUAAAGUAGUCGCCCAGGUGGCCUGCGAUGUGCUCCAGCUUUUGGUUUCUUACUGGCGAGAACUUCAGGACCCCGAUUUGCCUUUGUGUGGAAAGAUCACGGAGAUUUUGAUAGCAACUAUUUCGUUCCUUCUGCCGAGUGCAGAGAACUCCUCAGUGGAAACAGAUAAAAAGUUUAUAGUGUCCUUGUUGCUGUGCCUGUUGGACUGGUGCAUGGCUCUUCCCCUCCAGACAUUACUUGAGCCUAUAUCUACAUCUUCCCUUGAAGACACAAAUAUGCCCAAACCUUCCCUCCUUGACUAUAUUUACAGGGUUCUACAUUGCUGUGUGUGUGGCUCUAACACAUACACUCAACAAAGCCAGUAUAUUCUGAGCCUGGCUGACCUCUCCUCCAUUGAAUAUGAUCCAUUUCUACCCCUGGGGAGCGUGAAGAAUUCUGAGCCUCCACCUUCAUUUUCCUCCUCUGACUUCAGCAACCUCUUGACCGUGGCAGAAGAAAAGAAAAGGCGAAGCCUGGAGCUCAUCCCUCUAACUGCACGUAUGGUCAUGACACAGCUCGUCAACCAUCUUGGACACUAUCCUCUGAGUGGAGGCCCAGCUAUUUUACAUAGUCUGAUAAGUGAGAACCAUGAUAACCCGUUUGUGGAGGCAACUGAGCUUUCAAACGAUGUAUUCCGAAGCCCUAACCUGCAACUUUUUGUAUUUAAUGAUAGUGCUCUUAUUUCUUAUCUGCAAAUCCCUCCAGCAAAUUCCUUUGAGAGAGACUCAACAACCGGGGUGCCCGGCGAUGUGCGGGUAAUUGUCCGAGAUAUCUCAGGGAAAUACUCUUGGGAUGGUGGAAUCAUGUAUGGCCCGCUAGAGUGCCCCUCAGUGGCCACAAAACAAAGAAGACUGGAAAGUGGACAACAGGGUUGUAGUGACCAGAAUAUGACGCAGUCAGAUUUCUUUGACGGGGAUGAAUUGGAUGCCCUUGAUACAUUACUGGAAAAACUUGGCAGCACAAGUCCAGAGUGCCUACAGCAUCCGGAGCUGAGGCUGAACGAGCCAGCUUUACCUCCUGUUGGAAUGAGCCAAGAACAAGAAGAGGAGAUCAUACAGGCAAUCGCAAGACAAAGUGCCAGUGAGACUGAGCACAUCGAGAGAUGUAACUGUGACCCUAGUGUGAAGGUUUCAUCCCAGGAAGAACCCAGCACUGCUGAGCCACAAGCACCUUUUUAUUUCUGUAGACUUUUGUUAAAUGAUCUGGGAAUGAAUUCCUGGGAGAAAAGAAAUAAUUUCCACCUGCUGAAGAAAAAUUCCAAGUUGUUACGAGAGCUUAAGAAUUUGGAUUCCAGGCAGUGCCGCGAGACCCACAAGAUCGCUGUGUUUUACAUUGCUGAAGGGCAGGAGGAUAAGUGCUCCAUACUUUCCAACAGCGGAGGAAGCAAAGCUUAUGAAGAUUUUGUAGCAGGCCUCGGGUGGGAGGUCGAUCUUUCGACUCACUGUGGGUUUAUGGGUGGUCUACAGAGAAAUGGAAGCACGGGACAAACUGCACCUUAUUACGCUACCUCUACUGUUGAAGUGAUCUUUCAUGUGUCCACACGCAUGUUGUCUGAUUCAGAUGAUUCACUGACUAAAAAGCUCCGGCACCUUGGAAAUGAUGAAGUUCACAUUGUUUGGUCUGAACAUACCAGGAACUACCGAAGAGGCAUUAUACCUACAGACUUUGGAGAUGUUUUAAUUAUUAUUUACCCAAUGAAGAAUCGGAUGUAUUUUAUAGAAAUAAUGAAGAAGCCAGAGGUGCCAUUUUUCGGUCCCCUUUUUGACGGCGCUAUUGUGACAGAAAAGCUGUUGCCAACUCUUGUGUGUGCAACCUGUAUCAAUGCCAGCAGAGCUGUCAAGUCCCUUAUCCCUCUCUACCAGAGCUUCUAUGAGGAAAGGGCUCUGUACCUUGAAGCAAUAAUUCAGAACCAUAGAGAAGUGAUGACAUUUGAAGACUUUGCUUCUCAAGUGUUCUCUCCGACUCCCAGUUACUCUCUGGUUGGCUUGGGUCUCCCUUCAAGUACCAGUUCUGAUCUGUCAGUGAGCACAGGACCAGAACCGCCAGAGCCCUCCUCUCCAACACUAACACGCGCCACCAGAACUAAAGUUUCGGGAAAGCUUCGACGCUCUGCCAGUGCUGUCAGCAAAUCUUCCAAUUGAAAGCACUUUUUUAUACUGAACUCUAGUGAAGAGCUGUUUUUAAUCUAAAAAGAAAAAAAUCUAUAUAAAUCUGACUUUGCACCUGUGACUAUAACUUUUUAAAGGACUAGCUGUGCAAUGUUGUAAUGUGUGUCUAACGGGGCAGGACCCCCCCUGGGCAGGUUGUUAGUAAACCAUCCAUUAGGCGCUGAGGUAUGAUGCAACUCUGUAGCAUUGAUGGAGGCAAAAGGAUUAUCUGGCAAAGUGGAAUGAUGCAACAGCUCCAAAGGACAAGGGACCUCAUACCCAGGAAGCACAGCAACACUUCUCGUAAGGCAUUUUAGGUAUUAAGGAUGUGAUUGCCUCACGUUGUUCUGGCUGUAACACUUUCACUGCUGGGAAGUGGAACAGGGGGCACACUCAACAAUGGUUGCGGUGUCUUAAGAAGCCACGUAUAGUUCAACUUUUCUUAACCCAGGUUCCUUUCAGAAUAGGCUGAAGCGUGGAUCUGUCGGCCUUAAAUAUGUGAAUUUUUUCCCAAUGGUGUGCAUAAAUGAAGGAAGAAAAAAAAAAUUAUAUUUUCAAUUAUCUGCAGAGAUCUAAGCCCAGAGUUCUAUAGCUUGGUAGAUUGUAGGAAUUUUAAGGGAGAUGUCCACGUUGAAACCAUCUUCUGACAUCGGGAGCCGUAGGUGGAUGAGCUUCUGAUACCCAACAAUUCGGGGAUCAAGGCAAAGAGGUCUUAAGCCCCUUUAGAACCAGUUGAAAAUUUUCGGCCCAGGUUUUGAACAUUGAUUAUAGGCAUCUCAGAAGAUACUUUCAAGGUGGAUUUCUCUUUUGAGUGCAUUACAUGGCAUCUACUAUAGGAGAUCUCAGAUAUGCUUCAUUCUCUCUUUUUGUUUCCACUGUUCUCUCGUUUUUUUUUUUUUUUUGUUUUUUUUUUGCAUGGUUUCCACGCCUAUUUAUACAAUUCUGUUUUAAGUGUUUUAGUCGAGACCCACAUUCCCCAAAUGAAGAAAAAAAAAAACUUGUUCAUUUACCGUUUUGCUGAAGGUUCAUGUUUAAUUGAGCGUAUUGUCGUCGUGGCCUUGGAUGUCGUUUUCACAUCUGUAAUGGAUACUGCUUACUUUUUCGUGUGACCUUCUGCCUUUAUGGUCUUCUGGAUUAGCUGCUUAGGAAGUUGUUCAAUGUGAUUUAUUUCUGUUCAGUUCCAUUAGUUAUAUGAAGUAGAGAUGUCUUUCAAUGCAGCUGGAUGCAUAUUCGGGCACUUGUGUUUUUUGUGUGUGUCUAUGGGAUUUUUGCACUAAUUUAAGUGAUUUUUUCUCUGUACUCUAUUCAGGUUUGUACCAAUUAGUUUGAUGUAAAUAGGGGCUGUUGAUUACACUGAAAUGUUGCUUUGUGGACUUUUAAGUGAAGAGCAGAAGCGUUCUUUCCACUUGCAGACUGAAACGGCAAAGCAUUAAGCAGUGUGAAUCUCCUGAGGCUAAAUCAACAGAUGUCUUCACAGCGAGCUAACCCGCUACUGUGUAAAUCCAUGCCUUGCAGACGCCUCUUCUACAGAGCCACCAUCUCUUGCUCAUCUCCAGCAGGUCAACUGCAAAUUAGUAGUAAUUGUGUCAUUUGCAUAUUGGAGAUACUGUAGCCGCUGUGUGUUUGUGUUAUUGUGUAGCCGGACGUUGCUCUUGAUUAGCACCUAGUGAAAAAAAGGACAGAUUUGGUCUGGCAGGAAACUUGACAUUAUUGUUAUAAGCAUUGUAAGGGGUUAAAAAAAAAAACAUGGGAGUUUAUCAAGGGACUUGUGACUAUUUUAGUUGAAAAAAAUAGUCCCCUUUUUGUCCGGCCGUGC